ACAUAGUGACCCAGACCCAUCCGGAAGCCCUGCCUCCAUGGAUCUCUUGAACAGAACAUGCUCUGCUUCAGCCUUCUUGUUGACAGCACCCAAAUCAUCAAUUGCAGUUCCACCAGGAGGUACAGCCUUGCUUCCUGCCUCAGUCAAUUUUUCAGCCUCGGUGCCAGAGUACUUCCAGGUCCGAUGGUAUUUUCUCACUGGCCCUCAUAUCAGGUUGAUUCUCCUUGUCAAAGCUGAUAACUGCCAGGCACAGAAUGGCUCUCAGUACUGGAAGGAUUUCUGUGAGAUCAGCAUUUGGAAGACUUCAGGAUAUGAACAUCGUGUGGAAUUGUCUUCAGAGGAUGUUUCCCUGGUCCUUUGGGAUACGAGAGCUGAAGAUUCUGGGACCUAUUCUGUCACAUUCCUGGCUUUGGGUGUCAAAUCAUCGGCCAACAUCAGCUUAACAGUGUCCAAUGAAACAAGCUAUAACUAUGAUGUGACUCCUGACAUGCAAUUCCUUGAUGAUGAUCAAAGAAAAACACUACAGACCAACAAUGUAACAAGAAUAAUAGUGGGUGAGGAUGCUCCCAUGUCUUUAGUGAAAGUGGCAGAUGAAACAGACUACGGGAUGUCCAGCAUCAUCCGGCUGACCUUAGGUGGCCUAAUCCUCUGUCUCCUUGCACUAAUACUAGGAGAGCAUAUUUCCUUCACUUACUGCACAGCAGGAAAGACAGCAAGCUGGGGAGGAAGAGAGACCACAUUGAACCAAGCGACAGUGGAACCCACUGCACCUUCAAGGCUGGACGACACUUCUGUGUUUCUUGGAAGACACUGUUCAGAUCUUCCCAUCACCAUAAAUUCUUGCCGGAAAAGAAGGGAAGCAGCUUCCAUUGAUCAGUCAUAAAUAUUUGUGAAAUAGGGGGAAAAGUCACAUCUCAAUUACAUUUUGUGUUUUGAUGUCCUCCAUCGCUUUCCGAGGAUGUGUAGUUUGUUUUUUACUAUCAGAUGGGAUUGAAACAGAUGAUUCCAGCCAGAUAGAAGAAUACAUAGCACUGUACAACUGGGCAUUUUUUGUGACAAUGUUUGUUUCAUGUUACUUUCUUCAUAUUUUUCCAUGGCAUAAUAAAUCCCAUCAAUUGUA